CUUGUUUAAACUCGUACUUGAUAAACAGAAAUCUUUUGUUAUUUAUUUAUUUGUUUAUCCCAGUUACUUUUUUUACACUUGAUAGAUUUUUGCUAUAGAUAAGUCUUUGGGAAAAGGAAAGAUAUAAUAAAAAUGAGUAUAUUUACUGCGAAAACUCAUACUUAUGGUUUAAGAGGUAGAAAAUUGAGAGCUACCAUCACUGCAGUUGCAGUCACCGGGUUCUCUCUUUUCGGUUAUGAUCAAGGUUUAAUGUCGGGGAUCAUUUCUGCUAAAGAAUUCACUAGUACUUUCAAAGCAACUAGUGAAGAGCAUGUUGGUAAGCAUAAUGCUACUGUUAACCAGGGGGCAGUCACUUCUUGUUAUGAAUUGGGUUGUUUCUUUGGGGCUUUAUUUGCUUUAUUCAGAGGGGAUAAAGUUGGUAGAAGACCUCUUAUUCUUGCUGGUUCCAUUAUUAUUAUCAUCGGUACUGUUAUUUCCACUGCUGCUUUUGGUCCUCAUUGGGGUACUGGUCAAUUUGUUAUUGGUAGAGUUAUCACCGGGAUUGGUAAUGGGUUAAAUACCGCUACAAUUCCAGUCUGGCAAUCCGAAAUGUCCCGUGCUGAAAACAGAGGUCGUUUGGUUUGUUUGGAAGGUUCAGUGGUUGCUGUUGGUACUUUUAUUGCUUACUGGCUUGAUUUUGGAUUAUCAUAUGUUGAAAAUGAUUAUGCUUCAGUCUCUUGGAGAUUCCCAGUUGCUUUCCAAAUUUUCUUUGCCGCUAUCUUAUUAGGUGGUAUUUUAUAUUUACCAGAGUCCCCUCGUUGGUUGAUUGCUCAUGGUUAUAAAGCCGAAGCUCAUGAAGUUUUGGGUUGUUUGAAUGAUUUGGAUCCUCACGAUGAUGGUGUUAUCGCUGAAGUUACCGUUGUUCAAGAUGCUGUCAAUCGUUUUUCUAGAUCCCAAUUAGGAUUUAAAGAUUUAUUAUCUGGUGGUAAAACUCAACAUUUCCAAAGAGCAGCUGUUGGUGCUUCUGGUCAAUUUUUCCAACAAUUUACCGGUUGUAAUGCUGCUAUUUAUUACUCAACUGUUUUAUUCGAAGAUGCUAUGGAUAUGAGACAUAGAAAAGCUUUGAUUUUGGGUGGUGUUUUCGCUACAAUUUAUGCUUUAUUCACCAUUCCUUCCUUCUUUUUAAUUGAUUCUUUUGGUAGAAGAAAGUUAUUCUUAGUUGGUGCUUUUGGUCAAGCUAUUUCUUUCACUAUUUCUUUUGCUUGCUUAGUUCAUAAAACUGAUGAUACCGCUAAAGGUGCUGCAGUUGGUAUUUACCUCUUCAUUGUCUUUUUCGCUUUCACAAUUUUACCAUUACCAUGGAUUUACCCACCAGAAAUUAACCCAUUAAGAACUAGAACUGCUGGUGCUGCUAUUUCUACUUGUACUAACUGGAUUUGUAACUUCGCAGUUGUUAUGUUUACUCCAUUAUUUAUGAGUGAAGCUGAUUGGGGUUGUUAUCUUUUCUUCGCUGUUAUGAAUUAUUUAUUCAUUCCAGUCAUUUUCUUCUUCUACCCAGAAACUGCUGGUCGUUCAUUAGAAGAAAUUGAUAUUAUCUACGCUAAAGCUUUCACCGAAAAACGUCAAGCUUGGAGAGUUGCUGCUACUUUACCAAAAUUAUCCUUACAAGAAAUUGAAGACCAAGGUACUCAAUUAGGUCUUUACGAUCAUGACUUUGAAAAAGAAAAUGUUGAUAUUAAUGAAAAGGCUUCUUCCUCAUCUUCCGUUAAAGGCGAAGCUGAUGGUUCCGAUUCUCCAUCUCAGGAAGGUCCUUUAGUUCAACAAAAACAAACCCAAGAUGUUUAAAACCAUCUCCUCUUUUUCUUGCUUUUUCAACAUGAAACACUGUGUGUUUCUUUUGGAAAAGCAAAAUUAAGCCAUUAUCAUUAAACUUUCAAUUCAACC